AAGUAUUUUACAUAACUUAGUUCUGGGUCCCUAAAAAGGAAAAAGUUAACUCAGUGGAACAACAUAUUGCCUGAAUUCUGUGUGAAUUGACACAGACUGACCCAAAGCAGUUAUACACUACUAGACUGUCAAAAGCACACAAAACACACAGUAAACAAAGUUAAAUAUGAAUUUGCAGAGGACAGAAAUGAUUUUCUGUAGCAGUCUUUACUAUUGUGGAACUGAAGAAGUGAAAAUAGUCUGAUUACUAGUUCAUGUCAAAUGUUGUGUAUUACGUUCAGCAGUUUGUGCAGCAUCCUUCUCUCAACAACUCCAGAGCAGUCAAGUCAUACCAAGCACAGUUAAAUCUUUCUGAAAUACUUUGAUACCAUGAACUAUAUUAAGUUCUCAACACAGAGGAUGAAAAAGACCCAUUUGUCAGCUUAUGUCUUAUGAUUUUUACGUACAACGCAGUUAUAAAAUUACACAGUUAAAGCAUAAUUAAAAUAUAAAAAAAUAAAAUAAAAAUGGAAUAAAAAUAAUUAUUCAAGUGUCUGAUACUUAGUGCCUUGAAUUUGAUGUUUUUUAAAAACACUUCUGGAAUUCAAACCGUUUGAAGUGGAAUUACCUUUGGUUGCCUUGGAAACCACCAAUACAUCUCUAGAUCCUCGGUGACUCUGACCUGUGUGAAGAUGCUUGCUAAACUGCGACAGUUCAUUAAACGUCAUCCAUAUAAACGAGCUGCUUCAUCGAUGGACGACUCUCUGGCUGAACACAAGAGUUGCACCAGCAGUGAAAUGAGCUCAUUGGCUGCGGACCAGACGUGCAAGUAUGGAUGUCUUGAUGCUGGUGGAAGUGGUUUGAGUCAAGGAGAGCUGGAUCAAGCUACCCAAGCUUUAGAGAACCCACAUUGUUGUCACCAGUGUGGGAAAGUCUUCAGGUGGUCAUCAUAUUUGAAUCGUCACAUGCUCAUCCACACUGGAGAAAAACCUUACCUCUGUGACCAGUGUGGAAAGACUUUCAGAACAUCAUCGAAUUUGAAUCAUCAUAUGCUCAUCCACACUGGAGAAAGGCCUUACCUCUGUGACCAGUGUGGAAAGACUUUCAGACAGUCAGGACAUUUGAAUCAUCAUAUGUUCAUCCACACUGGAGAAAAGCCUUACAUCUGUGACCAGUGUGGGAAGGCUUUCAGACGGUCAGCGACUUUGAAACAUCAUGUGCUCAUCCACACUGGAGAAAACAUCACCUCUGUGACCAGUGUGUGAAAGCUUUCAGACAAUUAAAAUAUGUGAAACGCCAUGUGUCAGAAAGCUGUUCCACAGAGCUCUUCAGGUGUUCAGCCAGACACCUGCAACAAACUCUGGUAGUGUGACUCUGAGACAAAUCGCAGAUGUUUAACGCAUGUUUUUGAUUUUUAACUAUAAUUUUGUGCUUGUAAUACACAGCUUGACUUAGAGCAAAAAUGUCAGAUGGGAAGCAGACACAUCUUCUCUUGUCUUUUAAUGAAUGAGACAAUGGCUCUCUCUGCACCUUAUUAGAGCAACUUUUGACUGCAAAAAAAUUCUUUCUCUAUUUGCUGAUUUAUUGAAGUGAUGUAAAUCUUUUAUUUUUGCCUAUGAGUUGAUGUCUAAUGUGUAAUGUGAGCAGAUGUGAGAAAAGGAAGGAGAGGAACUGAGACUCGGGAUUUUUUAAAAGAAUUAUCUGUCAUCUGAGACCCCUACAACAUGUUGAAAGCAUUUCAGAAUUUUGAUUUGAGAAUAUGUAUCAAUCACUUGUGACACUGACAACAUCCUCAAACAUCCUCUGAAAGUUAAAGUUAGAAAAACGUUGUCAUAGUUAACAUUUAACCGUAUAAGAACAUAAUUAUAACUUGUAGGUGGUAUUAGCUAAUGAUGUGGAAACAACCGCUGCUUGCUGAGAAAACAUUAAUAAACUGCAUUCUUAAGGAUUAUUGCAGAAGGAUGGCUGCAGAGAACGCCACAAUGAGAACAGUAAAAUGAUGCUUAAUAAAUUCAAAGA